UUUUUCUUAAGUUAAUUGUCCUCUCACUAUGUCCUAGAGAACACGCAGUUUGUUCUUAGCAAAAUUUAUAGUGAAUUUUAUGUAGAUCCUCACAAUUUUUCAGACAAAAUGUGAACUCUGUUAAAAAGGGAAAAUCUGUUUAGAGCAUAACUUUAUAUCCGUGGUUCUGUGAAAAUGCCACAUUACGUAUAUUAGAAGUGUGAAUCAUGCAUAGCUUAUCCUCAAGCAAAUGAAAGUUGAUUCUGUGAAUUUUCAUUGUAUUUUAACCCAAACAAAAGAAAGCAAAUUGCUUAUGAUGGGAAAACUGAAACAUUACAGCCUGUUUCUUUAAGAAACCAGCUUAUCCAGGGGUUUAGUGUGUUUAACCUAACCUGCUAGCGAGGAAAAGUUCUUUAAAAUAAUGGAUAUUAGUCGUAUCCAAUCCCAGCUAUCAGCCUCACUAACAGGGAGGAGAUUUGACUCUCUGGCCACUAGAAUUGCGGGAGGUGGAGCUUGGUAUUCAGGUUUGGUUGCUUUGGAGUACAGCUUCAAGUGAAGUUAAUCUGAGGUGAAGCAAACAGAAAAUUGUGGAGGUUUUGUUGGAAUGAAUCUGAAGUCUGCUGCAGUAAAACACUGAAGGCUUUAAAAUGUUUUCUUGCAUAAAAGUCAAACUUUAAGUAGCUGCUUAUGAGGAUAGGGAAGGCAGGAAGCUAAUGUCUGUCUCAAGACACAGGACAGCUGUUUGCUCAUCAACCUCAACUGUGUGUGCAACAGAAGAACAUGGCUCAAGAAACUAAUCACAGCCAAGCACCUAUGCUUUGCUCCACUGGCUGCGGAUUUUAUGGAAACCCUCGUACAAAUGGCAUGUGUUCAGUAUGCUAUAAAGAACAUCUUCAAAGACAGAACAGUAGCAAUGGUAGAAUAAGCCCACCUGCAGCUUCUGUCAGCAGUCUGUCUGAAUCCUUACCAGUACAGUGCGCAGAUGGCAGUGUCCCAGACGCUCAGUCAGCGCUAGAUUCUACGUCUUCAUCUAUGCAGCCAGGCCCUGUAUCAAAUCAGUCACUUUUAUCAGAAUCUGUAGCACCUUCCCAAGUGGACAGUACAUCUGUGGACAAAGCAGUAUCCGAGACAGAAGACCUGCAAGGACCCAGAGCAGAGGGCCUUGUUCCUCUUGAAUGUGAUCCUCCAUCUUCAGUAUCAGAUACGACACAGCAGCCAUCUGAAGAGCAAAGCAAGUCUCUUGAAAAACCAAAACAAAAAAAGAAUCGCUGUUUCAUGUGCAGGAAGAAAGUGGGACUUACUGGGUUUGAAUGCCGGUGUGGAAAUGUUUACUGUGGUGUGCACCGUUACUCAGAUGUUCACAAUUGCUCUUACAAUUACAAAGCUGAUGCUGCUGAGAAAAUCAGAAAAGAAAAUCCAGUAGUUGUUGGUGAAAAGAUCCAGAAGAUUUGAACUCCUGCUGGAAUACAAAAUCCUUUGACUAUCUGCAAACUAAACAUUGACUUGAGGUUUUUUUUCCUAGUCCUUGGGAAUGUAGAGCACCGUAUCUUGCAUAGACCCUUGAAUCAUGCAUGUCAUCAGAAGAAUAGAUUUUUGGUUUUGUUUUGAAAAUGACUCUGAACAUUUAUUUCCAUUGCAGUUUCUGUGGCUGACAAGAAGUAUUAUACUUUUAAGAUCAUUUUAAUUUUAGUUGAGUGCAGAGGGCUUUUAUAACAAAUGUGGAGAAAUUCUGGAGGGCUGUGAUUUUUCCAGUAUUAAACAUGCAUGCGUUGAUCUUGCAGUUUAUUUCUCAUUGUGUAUGUAUAUAUAGCUUUUCUCUGCAGCACGAUUCCCUUUUGAUAAGGCCCUUCUGGGUACAACUAGUUAUCAGUAACUGAAUGUAUCUUAAUCAUUACGGCUGCUUCUGUUUGUUUUGUUUUCAUUAACAAAGGUUAUACAUAUGUUAGCAUAUAGUUUCUUUGCACCCACUAUUUAUGUCUGAAUCAUUUGUCACAGGAGAAUAUGUGCUGACAAGAUUCUAAAUUUGUGGUUUUUGGUUCCUUUUAUUUUUUUUUUAAGCAAGGGAAAGAAAAGCUGAGUGCAUUUCACUGCUGACUGCAAGUUUCUUUGAGAUUACUGUUCAUUGGUCUGCGUGUGCACAAUAUGAAGAAUGAGCUGGUCAUUGUGCGGUAUUUAUGUUUAUUCACCAGUCUUUGAUUAAAUAAAAAGGAAAACUCGAAAGGAAAAACA